AUGCGAGCGGACAGGCGGACCAUCCGUUCUGCCGAAAGACAAGGUGCAGCAGCAGUCAGGCUUGACAGCGCGGGGAACGAGCGUCGACGCAGCCGCGCAUGUCGCACACGAAGGAAUCAUUCUGGUAAACUCGGCCAGCCACAAUGUGCAAGAUAUGAGCACGUCGAAAUGAGAGCGGCCUGCAUCGUUGUUGGAUCGACAUCGGCUAAGUCGGAACGGUCGGAGGACGUGGAUCUGGAAACGGCUUUUGAAGUCUUGGGAGGAGAUACCAUGGUGGUUCAAGACCAACGACGAGGUCGUACAGCGAGAGCAUCUUCUUCAUCUUCGCAGGCGUUGUCGAUACGGCACGCUCUGGUCUCGACCUCAGCAAUAUUUGUUUCGACAGAAGACGCAUUUCUGGUGGCGGUGUGUUUGUCUCAUUUGUUCUUUUUGUUCUCAUUUCCGCGCUGCUCGGAACGGUUGUCGUGUCGAUCUUUUUUACAGUAA